CUCCGCCUCUGGUUGUCAAGAAGAUGGCAGCGUCCAGGCAGGCAUGAGAGGAAAUACUUCUUCACAAAUCGAAUGAAUUUGGAUUAACGUCGCAAGAUAACAGCACAUACUUGUGUUUUUGCAUUUGCUGCAUUGGGUGAAAAGUUAUGUCUGUCCCUGGUUCAGCGGCGUCUGGGACCACGGCGUCGGUCCUGCAACCGCGAUGGAAACGGGUCCUUGGAUGGUCUGGUCCCGUCCCCCGGCCCCGACACGGACACAGAGCUGUUGCUAUAAAAGAGCUUAUGGUUGUUUUUGGCGGUGGAAACGAAGGAAUUGUGGAUGAGCUACAUGUAUACAACACCGCAACAAACCAGUGGUUUAUCCCAGCGGUUCGUGGUGAUAUUCCCCCUGGUUGUGCUGCAUAUGGUUUUGUAUGUGAUGGCACACGGUUGCUGGUUUUUGGUGGGAUGGUGGAGUAUGGAAAGUACAGCAAUGACCUUUACGAGUUACAGGCCAGCAGAUGGGAAUGGAAAAAGUUGAAAGCCAAAAAUCCAAAGAACGGCCCUCCCCCCUGUCCUCGCCUUGGUCAUAGCUUUUCACUGGUUGGAAACAAAUGCUAUCUAUUUGGUGGACUGGCCAAUGAUAGUGAAGAUCCAAAAAAUAACAUUCCCAGAUACCUGAAUGAUUUGUACACGCUUGAGCUUCGUCCAGGAUCCAGUGUUGUUGGAUGGGAUAUUCCAAUCACAUAUGGAGUUUUGCCCCCUCCUCGUGAGAGCCACACCGCAGUGGUAUACACAGAAAAGACUAGUAGGAAAUCUCGCUUGAUAAUCUAUGGAGGGAUGAGUGGCUGUCGUCUUGGAGAUCUGUGGACACUUGAUAUUGAAACCCUGACAUGGAACAAGCCAGCAGUAGGUGGCACGGCCCCUCUUCCACGGAGUCUUCACUCUGCCACCACAAUCACAAACAAGAUGUAUGUUUUUGGAGGGUGGGUUCCUUUGGUAAUGGAUGAUGUCAAAGUGGCCACACAUGAGAAAGAGUGGAAAUGCACCAACACUCUUGCCUGCCUAAACCUCGACUCCAUGUGUUGGGAAACUGUUUUGAUGGACACCCUUGAAGACAACAUCCCGAGGGCCCGUGCUGGUCACUGUGCUGUGGCCAUUAAUUCCAGACUUUACGUGUGGAGUGGACGUGACGGUUACCGCAAAGCGUGGAACAACCAAGUCUGCUGUAAAGACCUGUGGUAUCUGGAAACAGAGCGGCCGCAUGCCCCUGCCAGAGUACAGUUAGUUCGUGCCAACACAAACUCUCUGGAAGUUAGCUGGGGUGCAGUCUCCACAGCAGACACAUACUUGCUGCAGCUGCAGAAGUACGAUAUCCCUGCAACUCCAGCAGCAGCCACACCAGCCAUGAGCACAACUCCAACGCAGCCGGUUAACUCUCCAAAGAGCCCUGCACCAGCUGCUGCAGCGCCCUCUGCUCAAAGCUUACCACAGACAGCUGUUUUAAAAGUUGCAGCUCAACAGGCUGCAGCUGGUGCAUCAGUUGUCACAGUUCGCCCCAGCCAGCCAGGGAAAUCCCCCGUCACUGUGACAUCACUUCCUGCAGGUGUUCGAAUGGUAGUUCCUGCCCAAACCACGCAAGGAUCGCCCAUUGGAAGCAGCCCUCAAAUGAGUGGCAUGGCAGCUUUAGCUGCAGCUGCUGCUGCCACACAGAAGAUCCCACCCUCCUCUGCAGGAACCGUCCUCAAUGUUCCUGCAGGUGCCACCAUUCUGAAAACUGUUGCUGUUUCUCCUGGCACCACCACGGUGAAAGUUGCUUCUCCAAUGAUGGUGAGCAACCCAGCCACUCGGAUGUUGAAGACUGCCGCAGCCCAAGUGGGGACAGCAGCUGCAUCUUCUCCCACCACCACCAGACCCAUCAUCACUGUGCACAAGUCUGGCGCUGUCACGGUGGCUCAGCAGGCCCAGGUGGUAACCACCGUAGUGGGAGGAGUCACCAAAACUAUCACUCUGGUUAAAAGCCCUCUCACUAUGGGCAGCAGUGGCACUUUGAUCUCCAACCUCGGCAAGAUGAUGUCUGUGGUACAGACCAAGCCGGUGCAGACGUCCGCAGUCACAGGCCAGGCUUCCACUAACCCCCUCACACAGAUCAUACAGACAAAGGGCCCCCUCCCAGCUGGCACCAUUCUGAAGCUGGUGACCUCUGCAGAUGGCAAGCCGACAACAAUCAUCACAACCUCACAGGCAGGAGGCACAGGAAACAAGCCCACAAUCCUCAACAUCAGUGGCGUUUCUCCUACCACCACAAAGCAGGGCACCACUAUCAUUAAGACCAUCCCCAUGUCUGCCAUAAUGACCCAACCUGGAGCCACAGGUGUGACAAGCAGUGCAGGCAUGAAAACGCCAAUAACAAUCCUUACUACAAAGGUAAUGACCACUGGAACUCCUGGUAAGAUCAUCACUGCAGUGCCCAAACUCGCCACUGCAGCCGGCCAGCAAGGACUAACUCAAGUGGUGUUGAAGGGAGCUCCUGGACAACCUGGCACUAUUUUGCGUACCGUGCCCAUGAGUACAGUAGGUGGGGUUCGGCUCGUUACUCCAGUGACUGUGUCUGCAGUAAAGCCCACUGUCACAACUUUGGUUGUUAAAGGAACUACUGGAGUCACCACUCUUGGGACAGUGACCGGCACUGUGUCCUCGAGCUUAGCUGGAGGCACAGUUGACAGUUCCAAUGCUUCCUUGGGGACCCCCAUCACCACACUGGGAACCAUCGCUACUCUGUCCAGUCAGGUUAUCAGCCCCUCGGCCAUAACUGUUUCGGCUGCACAGACGAGUCUGACUUCUACCCUGCCCUCCUCUGCUAUCACAGUGCAGAACCAGCCAACACAAGUGACUCUGAUAACAACUCCUAGUGGGGUGGAAGCCCAACCAGUUCAAGAUCUACCCGUAUCCAUCCUGGCUUCACCCACCUCUGAGCAGCCCUCUUCCACUGAGGUUGCGGCUGGAGAGGGUUCUGGGACUGUAACCCUGGUCUGCUCUAACCCCCCAUGUGAAACCCACGAAACUGGGACGACCAACACAGCCACCACGUCUUCUGCUGUUAUUGGAGGACAGGUGUGUUCCAAUCCUCCCUGUGAGACCCACGAGACCGGAACCACCAACACUGCUACAACCGCAUCCUCAAACAUGUCUUCGCUGCGUGUGUGCUCCAACCCACCAUGCGAGACCCACGUGACGGGCACCACUGAUACAGCCACCCAAGCUUCCGCCACCAUGAAUGCUGGCGAGACCAGCACAGUGCAGAGCGACACACAGACAACAUGCUCCAACCCGCCAUGUGAGACCCACGUGACGGGCACCACCGAUACAGCCACCCAAGCUUCGUCUACCAUGAACGCCGGGGAGACCAGCACCGUACAGAGCAAGUCCCAGAACACGUGUUCCAACCCACCCUGUGAGACCCACGAGACGGGCACGACUAAUACAGCCACCACAGCAACAUCAAACAUAGAAGGGGUCCAGCAGGUGUGCUCCAACCGACCAUACGAGACCCACCCGACGGGCACCACAGAUACAGCCACCCAAGCUUCGUCCAGCAUGAACGCAGGGGAGACCAGCACCGUGCAAAGCGACACAAAGAGCAAGUGCUCCAACCCGCCAUGUGAGAACCAAGUGACGGGCACCACAGAUACAGCUACCCAAGCUUCUUCCACCAUAAACGCCGGGGAGACCAGUACCAUGCAGAGCAACUCCCUGAACACAUACUCCAACCGACCAUACGAGACCCACCCGACGGGCACCACCGAUACAGCCACCCAAGCUUCCUCCAACAUGAACGCAGGGGAGACCAGCACCGUACAGAGCGACACAAAGAUCACAUGCUCCAACCCGCCAUGUGAGACCCACGUGACGGGCACCACCGAUACAGCCACCCAAGCUUCCUCCAACAUGAACGCAGGGGAGACCAGCACCGUGCAGAGCGACACAAAGAUCACAUGCUCCAACCCGCCAUGUGAGACCCACGUGACGGGCACCACCGAUACAGCCACCCAAGCUUCCUCCAACAUGAACGCAGGGGAGACCAGCACCGUACAGAGCGACACUCAGAGCACAUGCUCCAACCCGCCAUGCGAGACCCACGAGACGGGGACGACCAAUACUCCAUCCACAGCCACAUCCAGCAUGGGAGAAGACCAGACCAACACCUCUGCAGGACUGGUCCAGAGGGUCUGCUCCAAUCCCCCCUGUGAAACACACGACACCGGAACCACCAACACUGCUACCACUGCCACCUGCGGCAUGGAGACAGGCGAGGGCACAGAAGCCCAGCAGACAGUGGAGGGAGAAGAAGGCACCAGCAGCACAGAGGCAGCUUCUACCACGGCAGCAGCUGGCACAGCCACUACCACCCAGGGCAGAGCCAUUACUACUGUCACCCAGUCCACCCCGGCUCCUGGUCCUUCAGUCCCUUCAAUUUCUUCAAUCACAGAGGGGGUGAGUACCGCUACCAGCUCCACUGAGGAACCCAUGCAGACAGAAGAAGCUGCAUCAGCAGAAGCUGCCCCAUCUGAGGAAGCAGCUGUAGCCAUGGAGACACAAGCAGAAGGCGAAACUGCAGCAACAACCAGCUUGAACCUGCCUUCAGAGCUGAUGUCUGAGGGCCAGGGAGCCACGCUCAUGGUGACGGGGCUGUCGGAUGAAGAACUGGCUGUGACUGCUGCAGCAGAGGCCGCCGCUCAGGCUGCAGCCACCGAAGAAGCCCAGGCCCUGGCCAUUCAGGCUGUUCUACAAGCAGCUCAGCAAGCUGUCAUGAACGAGAGUGAUUCUUCUGCAGAUAACCAGCAACCAACCAGCAUCCCCAUCAUGCUUACCCAACAAGAGCUCGCAGCACUAGUCCAGCAGCAGCAGCAGCUGCAGGAGGCUCAGGCUGCAGCUCAGCAGGCCUCUGUGGACGCGAGCCUGCCUACCGAAGGCCUCGCCCCAGCUGACAGCCUCAAUGACCCCUCUGUGGAGAGCAACGGACACAAUGAGAUGGCAGCAUCAGUUACCAGUGCAGUGGCCUCUCUGCUUCCACGUACUACUGCUGAGACUCUCGCUCCAUCAAGCACAUUUGCGCCGUCAGCAUCAGUUGCAAGUCCAGCCAAGCUUCAGGCAGCAGCCGCUCUGGCAGAGGUCGCCAAUGGAAUUGAGGGAGAGAAGCAAGCCCCCCAGCCAACUCCAGCAAAGCCUGUCGUGAAAAAGGAGAACCAGUGGUUCGAUGUGGGGAUUGUAAAAGUGACAAAUAUGGUCGUCACUCACUUCUAUGUGCCAGCAGAUGAUUCUCAAGGAGAUGAUGAUUCCGGCAUUGUGCCAGACUACAGCCAAAUGAAGAAAAUGGAGCUGCAGCCCGGCACGGCGUACAAGUUCCGUGUGGCAGGAAUCAACGCGUGUGGUCGUGGAUCGUUCUCUGAGAUUUCCGCUUUCAAGACAUGUCUACCAGGAUUUCCAGGAGCACCUUGCGCCAUCAAAAUCAGCAAGAGCCCAGAUGGAGCCCACCUGACCUGGGAGCCCCCCUCAGUCACGUCAGGAAAGAUCAUAGAGUAUUCAGUGUAUCUGGCCAUUCAGAGCAACCAGACGGCAGAGGCCAAGGCCUCCUCUCCAGCCCAGCUAGCCUUCAUGCGCGUGUAUUGUGGACCCAACCCCUCUUGCUUGGUGCAGUCGUCCAGCCUGUCCAAUGCUCACAUCGACUACACCACCAAGCCUGCCAUCAUCUUCCGCAUCGCCGCUCGCAAUGAGAAGGGCUACGGUCCUGCCACUCAAGUCCGAUGGCUGCAGGAAUCUGGGAAAGAUGCUGCCUCAGCAAAACCUGCCCCCAAAAGACCAGGCACCUCUCCUGAUACCAAGACUGCUGGUCCAAAGAAAGCAAGGACAGACCAGUGAGGUUUCCCUGAGAUCUCUCCCAGUCUUGUUUUUUUUUUUUCUUCUUGUUUUUUCUCCUUCCACCCAAGUCUUUUUUAUGAGGAAAAAAACUGACCCGUACCCCCUUCAUUACCCCAAUCCCAUCAUCUGCUCCACUCCCCCCCCACGUCUCAGAUCAAAGCGGCAAUGGAGGCGGGACAACCAUUUGAAGACG